GGGCUGCGUGCCACUGGCUUGUUGAGAUCGACGCACCUGUCCCAAGCUCCAAAAUAUUCGCAUCUCCUGGCAAUCUGCCAUGGCGCCGCCGCUCGCCGCCGCCCUCCGCCCUCACCUCUCCCGCCUCGGCCAAACCCUCUCGUCUCGUCUUCUUCGCCUCUCCACCUCCCAUUGUCCCUCCGACCAGAGCGACUUCGAACCAGACCCCGACCACCCCAUCCUCUCUGCCCCUGACAAUGACGACGGUGAGCUCGCCUCCUUCCUCCACCACCUCUCCAGCGCGGCCUCCAAUACCUCAUCCCCGAAGGAGGCCCUCUCCUUCCUCCUUUCCAUGUCCACGGGCCCGUUGCCGGCCUCCCACGCUCUCCUAGUCCGCGCGCUCUGGGAUCUGCGCCGCGACCCGGACGCUGCCGCGUUAGCGCUCCGGUACGGAGACGAGUGCAGCGCCGUGGAUGGGACCGAUGGGGCGGGUCUACCGCCGCCGCCUGAAGCGUGGCACCUGGCCGUCUGGGCCGCGGGUAAGGCGAGGCGGUUCGACCUCGCAUGGGAGAUCGUGCGGCGGAUGCGGAACCGCGGUGUGCUCACCUGCCGGGUCAUGGUUAUCCUGAUGGAGAGUUGAGACGUGCAGUGAUUCUAAAAAAUCGUGAGCACAUUAUUAUUUUGGAAGCACCAGCAGAAGUUUAUGCUCCGGGUUUAAAAUAUUAAUCUUCGGUAUGCAGCUGCCAGUGAAGUAAAUAAAGCAAUCAAAACAUUUGAUGUCAUGGAGAAGUUUAAAAUCGAGUCAGAUCAAAGUGUAUUCUACUCCCUUCUUCACGCUCUUUGCAAAAUAAAAAACAUUGAGGAUGCUGAGGAGUUGCUUUUUCUGAGAAAGAAAUUCUUCCCACUUACUGCAGAAGGUUUCAAUAUAAUUCUAGAUGGUUGGUGUAAUGUGAUCACCGAUGUGGCUGAAGCAAAGAGAGUUUGGAGAGAAAUGUCAAAUCACUGCAUUACUCCCGAUGGCAUGUCCUAUACUCUCAUGAUCAGUUGUUUCUCAAAAGUAGGAAACCUUUUUGAUACUCUAAGGGUUUAUGAUGAGAUGAAAAAGAGAGGUUGGAUUCCUGGUAUUGUUGUUUACAAUUCACUUGUCUAUGUUCUGACAAGAGAAAAUUGUGUGAAGGAUGCACACAAUAUAUUUAGCAAACUUACAGAUGAAGGCCUCCAGCCGGAUGUUGAAACAUAUAACAAUAUGAUAGUUCCUCUCUGUGAAAGUUGUAAGCUUGAUGAAGCGCGAAAGGUAAUGGAAAGCAUGAUACUUAGAGGCAUUGUUCCUACCAUUUCGACUUACCAUGCAUUUUUAAAGCAAGAAGGCAUUGAUGAAUCACUGAAGCUCUUGCAGAAAAUGAAGGAGGAUGGUUGUGGCCCUAAGAGUGACACAUUUGUCAUGCUUAUUGAUAAAUUUUUCUUGCUGAACGAGUCGGGGAAUGCUCUAAGAGUGUGGAAUGAAAUGAGAAAAUAUGAGAUCAGCCCUGUCCGUGCACACUAUAUGACACUGGUCCAAGGUUUAGUGAAACAUGGAUGUAUACCAAGAGCUUUAGAGUACUAUGACGAAAUGAAGGAAAAAGGUUUUGCCUCUGAUACACAACUUGAUAAGGAAUUUAAAACCUUUUUGUUGAAAAACAGAGACCACUGGAGAGGAGCAGGCAAAUACAAUAUCAUUCCCCAGCGUGGCAAAUAUUUUACAAAGCAGUCAAGAAUGCAAUAACAAAUGUGGGGUUAAUAAAUUUGCUUCUAGUGCCUUUGUGAUAUGAGGACUUCAUUUCAAAAAAUUUCAAUAUGGACCACAAUGAGGGACAACAAGACAACCUUCAGUCGGAAGCUUCUAUAAGCCAAAGGGAGAAAGGGACAUCUUCGUCAUCAGGAAUUAAUCAUGGUGUCGACACACAGCCGAAGCCCAAUUCUGAACGUAGCUUCCAAUAUGUAUUGAUGCUGAAAAAACAAAAGAGCUCAAGAGAAAUGUAUACGACAUGUCUCAUGAGGAAGGACGAGGUGACCUCUAUAAAUUUUGUAGACCAUGUACAUAGGGAUUGGGGGCAAUAGUUUAAUUUCAUGUGAAGCUAUACGGUGCCCCAAAUACUCAUGCAUGGAGUCCGUUCACAUUUUCCCUUCACAUUGGAAGUGCUCAGCCUUUGAAGCUGAUUGUGUAUUUACCUUCGGACGUCUUGAAAGCGUACUGAAGGUAACAUUGUAACCUACUGUAAUUUAAUGAAUGAAAGUCGAUGAUUAUAAAUA